GGGUUCUACCUCUUUCCCGCCAUGCCCCCCACAGCAACCCCGUCGGCCCCGCGCAGCAUCGUGCCCCAGAUCAACGGCUCGGUGGUGGUGCUGACCUGGAGCGAGCCCCUGGAGAACGGGGGCCGGCAGGACGUGACCUACAACGUGCUCUGCUCCGAGUGCCCCGAUGGGCAGCCGUGCCGGCGCUGCGCCCGCCUGACCUUUGCCCCCAGCGCGGCGGGGCUGGCAGAGGAAGAGGUGACGGUCCAGGGCCUGCAGCCCUACGUCACCUACACCUUCGAGAUCCAGGCCGUCAACGGGGUGUCGGAACUGAGCCCCAACCCGCCCCAGGCCGAGCCGGUCAACGUCACCACCAACAAGGACGGUGAGAGCCGGCCAGUGCCCCUCACUCCUGACAGUGGGAGGAGGGGAGGUCUCUGCGCUGCGGCGCCGGGACCGACCCCCCCAUUCCUCCCCCCCCAGGGCGCGGCGGGCGGGGAGUCCCCCAUGUUCCUGAAGGCGUCAGAGGCCCGGUUGACGCUGGGGCAGCUGCGCCGUGGGGCAUCCUAUGGGGUGCAGGUCCGUGCCCGCUCCGAGGCCGGCUACGGGGAAUUCGGGCCAGAGUUCCUUGUCCCCAUGCAUGGCAGUGAGGCGGGGGGCCGGGCGGAGCAGCUGGGGCUGAUCGUGGGGGCGGCCGCCGUGGGGGCCCUGCUGGUGCUGGCGGUGGUGGCAGUGGCUGUGAUCUGCGUGAGGAAGCACGGGGCGGGGGGCCGCGACCCUGAAUACUCGGACAAACACGGCCAGUACCUCAUUGGGCAUGGCACCAAACUCUACAUCGACCCCUUCACCUACGAGGACCCCAACGAGGCCGUGCGGGAAUUCGCCAAAGAGAUCGACGUCUCCUACGUCAAAAUCGAGGAGGUGAUCGGCGCCGGGGAGUUCGGGGAGGUGUGCCGGGGCCGGCUGAAGGUGCCUGGAAAGAAGGAGAGCUGCGUGGCCAUCAAGACGCUGAAGGGGGGGUACACGGAGCGGCAGCGCCGGGAGUUCCUCAGCGAGGCCAGCAUCAUGGGGCAGUUCGAGCACCCCAACAUCAUCCGGCUGGAGGGGGUGGUGACCAGCAGCACCCCGGUCAUGAUCCUCACUGAGUUCAUGGAGAACGGGGCGCUCGACUCCUUCCUGCGGCUGAACGAGGGGCAGUUCGCACCCAUCCAGCUAGUGGGGAUGCUGCGGGGCAUCGCCUCGGGGAUGCGCUACCUGGCCGAGAUGAGCUACGUCCACCGGGACCUGGCCGCCCGCAACAUCCUGGUCAACUGCAACCUGGUCUGCAAAGUCUCCGACUUCGGCCUCUCCCGCUUCCUGGAAGAGAACUCCUCCGACCCCACCUACACCAGCUCCCUGGGCGGGAAGAUCCCCAUUCGCUGGACAGCCCCCGAGGCCAUCGCUUUCCGCAAGUUCACCUCGGCCAGCGACGCCUGGAGCUACGGGAUCGUCAUGUGGGAGGUGAUGUCCUUCGGAGAGCGGCCCUACUGGGACAUGUCCAACCAGGACGUGAUCAACGCCAUCGAGCAGGACUACCGGCUGCCCCCCCCACCCGCCUGCCCCACGGCGCUGCACCAGCUCAUGCUGGAUUGCUGGCAGAAGGAACGAAGCUCCCGGCCCCGCUUCGCCCAGCUCGUCAGCUCCCUCGACAAGCUGAUCCGCAACCCGGCCAGUCUGCGCAUCGUCGCCCGGGACGGCGCCGGGCCGUCCCACCCGCUCCUGGACCAGCGGGCCCCCCACAGCGCCUCCUUCGGCUCCGUCAGCGACUGGCUCCAGGCCAUCAACAUGAGCUGCUACGAGGAGAACUUCAGCUCGGCCGGACUCAGCUCCUUCGAACUCCUCAGCCAGAUCUCCAGCGAGGACCUGCUCCGAAUCGGGGUGACCCUGGCUGGGCACCAGAAGAAGAUUCUCUCCAGCGUCCAGAACAUGCGAAUCCAGAGCAAAGCGGCCCCGUCCGGAGGGGUGGCCGGGAGCCGAUUCUGAUCCGGUUCCGGGCUCACGUCCUGCCUGGUCCCCCAGAGCUGGGAACGAACCGGACCCUGGGUUACUAAUGCGACUCUGACUUCGCUGCAUGGGCCGGUCUUGAACCAGAAACUUGGGGGACCCCUGCCCCCCCCAGCCCCUCAGGGCUUGCACUUAUUCUAUCUGAGCAGGGAGAAUAUCGUGGUUUGCAGGGGGCGUGGCCUAUUGGUUGACGGUUCCAAGAUGGUCUAGACAGUAUUUGGUCCUGCCAUGCGGGCAGGGGACUGGACUCGAUGACCUCUCGAGGUCCCUUCCAGUCCUAGAAUCUAUGAAUCUAUGGCCGCAGGUCCAAAGAUGGCCGAUGGGCUCUUCGGUCAACUGCCAAGAUGGCCGCUCUUGCUUGGGGUUCCCAAGAGGGCCGCUCUUCCUUGGUUGCCGGGUAGCGCUCAGGACCCCGUCCGGUUCCCAGGACGGCCGCCCCUAGGGGGUCUCAAGAUGGUCACCACUGGUUGGGGAGACCAAGAUGGUUGCCCUUGGGGGACCUUCGAUGGGGAAUCCAAGAUGGCCGCUCUUUCGCCAGAAGCCUCCUCCCUCGCAAACAGUUGAGGGGCAGUGAUGUAAUCAGGGGGUUCCCUGGGAGGGGGGGAGACCCCCCCGGCAUCUACUUGAAUCUCUAGGCCCCUCCCCCACCAUUGGGGGGGCCUCGGGAAGGGGGGCUAUAAACUUGGGGCUCUCCCCUCCCCCAUAAAGCCAAAGAGUGACUAUGGACAGCGGUGAUGUCAUGGCCGCCCAGUGAUAUCAUAGACCUGGGAUGGCCAGGAACAGGGGGUGACAUCAUCCAGUGACUGCCUUGUGAUGUCAUCAGGAGCAACUGUGAUGUCAUCACAUCGGGAGCCCGUGAUGUCAUCGUUGCCGGCCCGGGAUGUCAUCAUUCGGCAGCCGCCCGCCCUUGAUGUCAUGAGGCCAUGAGGUCGUCGCAGCAGGACGUUGGGGGGGGGCUGCUCUGUGGGGUCAUCAGCGGGCGCCGGGCUUUCAACUUCAUAUUGAAGGCAAAUUUAAGCGGGGGGGAGGUAAUUUCCAGCCCCUCCAGGACUGGGACAGCUUGUGGGGUAUCGGACUCCCGCUCCCCCCAGAGCCGAGGUAGAUUUGAGGUGUCCCCGCCGCCCCCCCCCAAAUAAAGUGGGAUUCACUCAGCUCUCUAA